UGAAGAUCUACCGUUAAUCUCAUGACGUCAUCACUCGCGCGCUCAGACAGCGUCGAGUCUCGUGAGGUGAGCAGCUCGCGGUGCUUCACGUGUUUAUAUGAUUGUAAAACACUCUUAACCGUUUAAGCAACAUUCAAAGAGAUCAGCUCCUCCCACAACAAUCACACCUUCAGUGAAGCUCCUCCCACUGCAGUUCAGCAAUAAAUGCUGGAAUAUUCCCAUCAGUCUACAAGUGAAGACGAGCAUCAGAGCAUCAGGAAGAAGUGAAAUCUGCAGAGACAGAGUUUAUUGAAGGACAGAGAGAACAUGAGAGAUCCAGAACCCUGCAGAAUGAAACACACUGAAGAACAAACAGAGUUGAUUGAAGAAAACAAGGAGAAUGAAGAACUGAAUGAAGAGGAGGAGAAACAUCAUGUCAAAACUGGAGAAAAACCUUGGAGUCGCUUUCAAACCAAAUGGAAAGAUUUAAAGAAAAGAAGAUACAAGAAAUCUUUCACUUGCUCUCAGUGUGGAAAAAGUUUGACAAGCAAACAGAAACUUGAUAUUCACAUGAGAGUUCACACUGGAGAGAAACCUUACACAUGUGAUCAGUGCGAGAAGAGUUUCACACGAUCAUCAAACUUUAAGAAACACAUGAACAUCCACACUGGAGAGAAAGUGUAUGAAUGUGAUCAAUGUGGAAAAACAUUUUUGUGGGCUGAAGUCUUGAAUAAUCACCUGAAAGUUCAUUCAGAUGAGAAACCGCAUUCAUGUUCUUUGUGUGGAAAGAGUUUUUCACAUCUGCGAUGUUUUAAAGCUCAUCAGAAGAUACACACUGGUGUGAGAGAUCAUAUGUGCUUUGAGUGUGAGAAGACUUUUAUUACAGCUGAAAAUUUGAAACGACACCAGAGGAUCCACACUGGAGAGAAACCUUACAAGUGUUCACACUGCGACAAGAGAUACAGUCAGUCAGGACAUCUGAAAACACAUGAGAGGGUUCACACUGGAGAGAAACCGUAUCACUGCACUGCAUGCGGGAAGAGUUUCAGUCGAUCAUCUUCUCAACACAGGCAUGCAAAAAACUGUCACAAGGAACAUCAUCUACAGUCACAGUGAAUAAAGUUCAUCUUCAGGACCAACAGUUUCAACUGUAAUAGUUACCCAAAGAACAAUAUCUACAUUUUACUGUUAACUAUUUUGCUUUAGGAUAUAAGUUACAUCAUUCUAUACUUUUUCUUACAAACGUUUUUUUGUGCUGCAUGUGUAUUUCAGGAACCUGUAGAAAUGGCUGUUUUUUUUUUUAAACGUUCUUAAUUUUGCUUAAAACGACUAGUUAUUUUUGAUGUAUGUAGCAAAUGAAGAUGGGACGUACAUAGAAUAUUAUUAUUUUAUUAACACCUUUGUUUUUAAUGUAUAGUGUGUUGCUGAUUGUACAUGAAAUUAAGAGAAUUAAUAAAGGAGUAAAAUCCUGCACUUCAUUUGUAAAUUUUCCUUACAAAAAACGAACCAUGGUUUUAUUAACUAAAAGUGUAGUAACCAUGUAUUAUUUUUUUGGCGUAUGGAUUACCAUUUGUGUAACCACAGUUUUACUACAAAUACCAUGGUUAAACUAUGUUUAGUGUUGCAAAACCAUGGUUAAUUUGUAAUUGAUUAAUUAAUUUGCCAUGGUUCAGUUAUCGUAAUUAGGUUUUUUGGUUUAAUCUGUAGUAAAACCAUGGUCAAUGUUCAUAAGGGUUUUUAUGCAGCACUGUAGUAAACCUUUGCUUUUUGAAAAUACCAAUGUUUUUCAAGUUUAUAUGUAAAUUCCUAAGUACUCUUAAACUAUUCUUCAAAGUUAUUGAGAAAUAAGAAUAGUACACUAAUAUGAUUCCAGACAUGUGUAACCAAAAAUUUUUUACA